UUGAAUUUGAAGAUACAAAGGCCAACAUUUUCGUGUUGGUACUUCAAAACAUGGAGUCGAUGUCCAAGUACAAAUCUUACGUUUGUAGCCAUUAAUGCCGCUUCACAGCUAACACUGUCUAUUGCUAUUGGUUUCUACUUUUCUCAUUCCAUUUAUGACUCUUUAGCCAUUUUCUGAUUGGUCCUUGUGGACGGUUGGACCUCCCUUUAUUAUGCUGUGUAAGAGUGUUCUCAUUUCAUUUAAUAAAUAUUUGAAUUGGUUGUGAUUACUAACUGCCCCCCAAGAACAUGAAUUCUCUUCUCUCUCACCUUUAAGCUUCCAUAACUUGCACGUUUAUCAGCUUAUGAUAUUAAGGAAGCACUGCUUGCUCUUCAAUCUCAGUGAUGUGAGAGUACAGUUAGUGAAUUAACACUGCAAGUUCCUUAGUAUUGAGGUAAGUAGCCUGUUCUUGUUUCCCUUUCUCACUGGUCAUUCAAUUAAAGUGAUCACUCAUGGAACUCAGAGAUCAUGCAUUUCACAUUCUUGUUCAACAUUAAUUGGUAUGCUCGGUACCAGCCGUCAGGGAGAUAAGAGAUAUGGGUAGCAGAGAAAUCAAAUCGCCUGAAGAUAUGCUUGAGACACCAGCUAGUUUGGAAGAGGAUGGAAGGUCCAGGAAGAAACUGGGGAUGUUUUUUAUCGAGUCUGAUAAUAGACGAACAGCUUUUGGGCGUGGUUAUACUGGGGGCACAACACCUGUUGAUAUCCAUGGGAAGCCUAUUGCAGAUCUUUCAAAGACUGGGGGAUGGAUUGCCGCCUUAUUUAUUUUUGGAAAUGAGAUGGCCGAACGAAUGGCUUAUUUUGGCCUAUCAGUGAACAUGGUGGCCUUUAUGUUCUAUGUUAUGCAUAGACCCUUUUCAAGUUCUUCAAAUGCAGUUAACAAUUUCCUGGGGAUAUCUCAAGUAUCCUCUGUCCUUGGUGGUUUUCUAGCCGAUGCUUAUCUCGGUCGAUAUUGGACAAUAGCCAUUUUCACUACUAUUUAUCUUGCUGGUUUGAUAGGGAUAACUUUAUGUGCAUCCAUGAAAAUUUUUGUGCCAAAUCAAGAUCAAUGCGAUCAACUGUCCCUGCUUUUGGGUAGUUGCGAGCCUGCAAAACCAUGGCAGAUGCUUUACCUCUAUGUUGUCCUUUAUUUAACUGCUUUCGGAGCCGCGGGUAUAAGGCCCUGCGUCUCGUCUUUUGGGGCUGAUCAGUUUGAUGAAAGAAGUAAAGAUUACAAGACCCUCCUGGAUAGGUUUUUCAACUUCUUUUACCUCUGUGUUACUAUUGGGGCAAUUGUGGCAUUCACUCUGGUAGUCUACAUCCAGAUAGAGCGUGGAUGGGGAGCUGCCUUCGGUUCAUUAGCUAUAGCUAUGGGAGUGUCCAACAUGUUGUUCUUUGCUGGUACUCCUUUAUACAGGCAUAGGUUGCCUGGAGGCAGCCCCCUAACCCGAGUUGCUCAGGUCCUUGUUGCCGCCUUCAAGAAACAACAUGUCCCUUUUACUAGAAGCGAGUUAGUAGGCCUCUACGAGCUCCCUGGAAGACAUUCUGCUAUAAAGGGCAGUGGAAAGAUACCUCAUACUGACGAUUUCAGAUGCUUGGAUAAGGCAGCUCUGCAAUUGAAGGAAGACGGGGGCAAUCCAAGUCCCUGGAGGCUCUGCACAGUGACUCAAGUAGAGGAAGUCAAGAUACUCAUUAAACUUAUUCCAAUACCAGCUUGCACGAUUAUGCUGAAUGUUAUCUUAACAGAAUUUAUAACUCUCUCAAUACAGCAGGCAUACACCUUGAAUACUCACAUUGGUAAACUCAAACUCCCAGUAACAUGCAUGCCUGUAUUUCCCGGCCUCAGCAUAUUUCUUAUACUGUGUCUCUAUUACUCCGUAUUCGUUCCUGUAUCACGACGCAUCACUGGUCAUCCACACGGUGCUUCUCAGCUUCAGAGAGUAGGCAUUGGUCUGUUUAUUUCCAUCUUAUCUGUAGCCUGGGGUGGGGUUUUCGAAAGGUUUCGAAGAGGCUACGCUAUAAAACACGGCUACGAGUUUAGUUUCCUAACUCCCAUGCCUGAUCUAAGUGCAUACUGGUUGUUGAUCCAGUACUGCCUGAUUGGUAUAGCUGAAGUGUUUUCCAUAGUGGGGCUAUUGGAGUUCCUAUACGAGGAAGCUCCGGAUGCAAUGAAGAGUAUAGGCUCUGCAUAUGCUGCUAUAGCUGGUGGCUUGGGUUGUUUCGCUGCCAGUAUAAUCAACAGUAUCGUCAAAUCGGUUACAAGGAACCCAGAGAAUAAGCAGCGGUCCUGGCUAUCUCAGAAUAUAAACAAUGCGAAAUUCGACUAUUUUUACUGGCUGCUUACAGUUCUUUCUAUAAUCAAUUUCUGCUUUUUUCUGUAUUCAGCACAUAGGUACAAGUACAGGACAGAGCAGACAUUUGAGGCGUGGGAAACCAAACAAAACAUCCUGGCUGAGGAUAGCUAAAUAAGUAUCUAAAAUUCAUGGUUCUUUUUUUGGGUUUGUAAUGGAGCAAAUGCUCUAAAAUACGAGUUCCACAAGUUUCUGGUCCAUGUCAAUUACUGUUUCCUUUAUUUAUUCAUUGUUGUUAUUAUUUGCUCCUCA